AUGCCAAAGAACAAGGGAAAAGGAGGAAAAAACCGUAGAAGAGGUAAAAAUGAAAGUGAUGUUAUGAAACGUGAAUUAAUUAAAAAAGAUUCUGAUGAUCAAGAAUAUGCUCAAGUACUAAAAAUGCUUGGAAACGGGCGUUUAAUUGCCUUUUGUUUUGAUGGUAAAGAGAGGCUUUGUCAUAUUCGUGUUGGUCUUCGAGAUUAUCAAGAUAGCAAAGCAGAUGUUAUUUUAAAAUACACUCCAGAUGAGGCUCGUGUUCUUAAGAGUGAAGGACAUUUACCUGAAGCUGCAAAGCUUAAUGAAGCUGGUGAUGAAAUUGAAGAAGCUGACGUUGAAUUUGCUGAUAUUGGUGGGCAUGAUGAUGAAGAUAAAGAUGCAGGUGAAGAUUCUGAUGACUUAAAAUCAUCUGAUGAUGACGAAGAGUCUGAAGAGGAAUCAGACAGUGAGGCAGAAUCAAGUGGUGACGAUUCAAGUGACAUGAAUGAAGAACAACUUGCUGGCAGAAAUUGGACAAAACCUGGUGCUCGCGAUCGUUAUGGUAAAGCUAACAAAGGAAAGAGAUACAAAUAA